AUGGAUCGUCUAAAGCAGCUGAUCGGUAUUAUGACAGCACCAAUCGUGGAGCGAAUUAGAAACACACCGACUACACCACCAAUGAUGGAGAAGAGGAGGCUGAGGAGCCCUAUUAAUUGGGAACUUUUGGAGGGUGGGAAUCAGGAGGAAUUUUUAACUGCAUUUUAUAUGAUAUUGUUUUAAAUUGAAGAGACCCUGAGGAAGUUCUAUGUUUAGAACGAAACGCGUAGGACAGCGGUUUUUAUUUAUUUCCCUUCAAUAAAUUGUUUAUACUACCUUAUUCCUGCUUCCUUCUGGUUCCUGCUUUCCAAAGAAGUGAGGUGGAUUUCUACAAACCUCCCUAUUGAUUAGGGGUGUCACCCUCAAGGCGAUUUGAUUAUCUCCAUUCUGUGAGUGUUACCAGUAGCGUGUCUUUAUACAUGACUAUAACUAUAUCACACUAUGUGUUGUUUAUUGUCUUUUUAGGUUAAACAGCUGUAUUCCUUUAUAUUUGUAUACUGUUUGAUACAGUAUCGAUGUGGGAAGGCUACCGAGGGAAGCUGUUAUAAAGUUAUAUCUAUUAUUCUUUUGCUACAUAUAAUAUUUUAUUCUGUGUUUUAGCGUUCUUUUAUGCCCACUCCUCUGCACAAUUGGGGACCCUGGUACAGCUGGUACAACGACUAUACCCAUCUUUCACCUCCAUCUCAGGAUAUUCACCUAGUCUAGGCCUGAAGGUGCCCAGCUGGUUAUUCCUACCUAAGUGCACAUUCCCAAUGAGAGCCCAAUCUGAGAUGCUAAGUUUUCUACUACUGGUAUGGUCUGACAUCCUAAGUAUUUACUUUAUAGCUGCCCAGAACCUCAUCUCAGGUUUGGUUAGGUCACUCCUCCCCUUUGAAAAAAGCAUCCCUGCUACUCCUCUCCAUUAACUCAACGGGGCUCGACACACCUGACAAAGACCUCCUGAAAGACUUAAAGGCUAACACACAUUGUCUAUAUCUAAAAUACACAUUUCAGAGCAGACAAGGCCCCUAAAAUUAAAAACCACAAGCAAGGUUUUUACAAUAAUAACCCUCAGGGUAAAUCUAAAGGAACCACAAUCCUUCUGCAUAGAUCGCCUCCAUUCCAACAGACGGACACUCUGGCGGAACGGGAGGGUUGUUACAAUGUCAUUAAGGGAUCUAUUCUGGACCACAAGUAUACCCUGGCUAACUACUAACUACUAAUUACUAACAUGAAAGGUUUCUGAAGGCCACUCUCAUGGGCUUUUCUGAGGGCUGCUUGAUUCCGGCUGAUUUUUUAUGUUGGUCUAUUGAUACCUCCACAGGCACAUCUGCCGUCCACACCACAAUUUAAUGAGGAUAUGCAAACUCCUACAUCUAAACAGGCUAACAGACUGCUGGAGGAUGAUGCACCCAGGGGAGAGAAACUACUCCUUUCACUCAGCACCCAACUCUAGCUACUGUCGCAUUGGCUAGUUCUUCCUCUCCAAUUUCUGUCUAACAUUCCUACGGGAAGUGAAUUUGGGCAUGGCCACCUGGACAGAAUACGCACACUUGACAAUGGCAUUGACAUCCCCACUACAUAGGCCCAGGGUUGCCAACUGGAGGGUGAACGAUGCCCUCUUGUCAGACUUCCUGUUCACACAGGAUGCUGCAAAGUGGUGGAUACAAUCAUUUACUGACACCAUGACGGAAGACACUUUCCCCUUAUUGUUUGGAAGGCACACAAAUGCAUCCCACAGGAAGUCCUAGAGGUACCACUGAUGGUGGAGAUGAUGGCUUGCACUGUAAAGGCUACACAGUUUGAUAAAUGCCGAGGUACAGAUGUUCUCACCCUUUGCUAAUAUAAACAAUUUGCAGAAAUCAUCUAUGCUAAAUUUACCACAGCAAAUGAGAGACCCAUCUUCUUGCUCAGUUAGGAUCUAAAAUUGUUUACUAAAAUCCUUGCAAUUAGAUUACAGCAAUUAGACCAACUCCAUGCAACAGUCAGAGGUCAGAGGGCCUUCUCUUGCUCUCUACCUAUGCUGAGAAGGCAUUCAAUAGGGUUAACUAGGCCAUAGGACUGGGCAGGGGUCAAGUCCUGGGGAAAAAAGUGUGGGAACUCACCCAAGAUUCCCGCCGCCCCCCACCCCCUUUAAAAAAAAAAAAAAAUUACACUCCUAUGCAUAUAGUGCAGUGCAGGGUGUGUAUAAUGAAUGUAGUGUGUUUGUAGUGAAUGCGGAGUGUGUAUAAUGAAUGCAGUGUGUUUUUAGUGAGUGCAGAGUGUGUACAAUGAAUGCAGUGUAUGUAGUGUGUAUAGUGAAUGUAGUGUGUAGUGAGUGCAGAAUGUGCAUAAUAAAUGCAGAGUGUGUAUAGUAAAUGCAGAGGGUGUAUAGUGAAUGUAGUGUUUUUGUAGUGAGUGAAGAGUGUGUAUAAUGAAUGCAGUGUGUGCGUGUGCGCGCUGGAUGACGUGUGUGUGAGUGCUGGAUGAUGUGUGUGUGUGUGCGAGUGCUGGAUGAUGUGUGUGUGUGUGCUGGAUGAUGUGUGUGUGCUGGAUGAUGUGUGUGUGGAUGUGUGUGUGUGUGUGUGUGUGCUGGAUCGUGUGUGUGUGUGUGUGUGUGCUGGAUGAUAUGUGUGUGUGUGUGCUGGAUGAUGGGUGUGUGUGCUGGAUGGUGUGUGUGUGUGCUGGAUGAUGUGUGUGUGUGUGGUGCUGGAUGAUGUGUGUGUGUGUGCUGGAUGCUGGGUGUGUGUGUGCUGGAUGAUGUGUGUGUGGUGGAUGAUGUGUGUGUGCUGGAUGAUGUGUGUGUGCUGGAUGAUGUGUGUUUGCUGGAUGAUGUGUGUGUGCUGGAUGAUGGGUGUGUGUGUGCUGGAUGAUGUGUGUGUGUGUGUGCUGGAUGAUUGUGUGAGUGCUGGAUGAUGUGUGUUUGUGUGUGCUGGAUGAUGUGUGUGUGUGUUUGUGUGCUGGAUGAUGUGUGUGUGUGUGCGGGAUGAUGUGUGUGUGAGUGCUGGAUGAUGGGUGUGUGAGUGCUGGAUGAUGGGUGUGUGAGUGCUGGAUGAUGUGUGUGUGCUGGAUGAUGUGUGUGUGCUGGAUGAUGUGUGUGAGUGCUGGAUGAUGGGUGUGCGUGCUGGAUGAUGUGGGCUGGAUGAGUGUGUGUGUGGGUGCUGGAUGAUGGGUGUUUGUGUGGAGUGCUGGAUGGAGUGGGUGUGUGUGCUGGAUGUGGGUGUUUGUGUGAGGUGCUGGAUGAUGUGUGUGUGCUGGAUGAUGUGUGUGUGAGUGCUGAAUGAUGUGUGUGGGUGCUGGAUGAUGUGUGUGUGUGUGCUGGAUGAUGGGUGUGUGUGUGCUGGAUGAUGGGUGUGUGUGCUGGAUGAGUGGGUUGUUUGUGUGAGUGCUGGAUGAUGUGUGUGUGUGUGCUGGAUGAUGGGUGUGUGAGUGCUGGAUGAUGGGUGUGUGUGUGCUGGAUCUUGGGUGUGUGUGUGCUGGAUGGUGUGUGUGUGUGCUGGAUGAUGUGUGUGUGUGUGUGUGCUGGAUGAUGUGUGUGAGUGCUGGAUGAUGGGUGUGUGAGUGAUGGAUGAUGGGUGUGUGUGUGUGCUGGAUGAUGGGUGUGUGAGUGAUGGAUGAUGGGUGUGUGUGUGCUGGAUGAUGGGUGUGUGUGCUGGAUGAUGGGUGUGUGUGCUGGAUGAUGUGGAUGUGUGUGUGUGUGCUGGAUGAUGGGUGUGUGAAUGAUGGAUGAUGGGUGUGUGAGUGCUGGAUGAUGGGUGUGUGAGUGUGGGAUGAUGUGUGUGUGUGCUGGAUGAUGGGGGUGUGUGUGCUGGAUGAUGGGGGUGUGUGUGUGCUGGAUGAUGGGUGUGUGUGUGCUGGAUGAUGGGUGUGUGAGUGCUGGAUGAUGGGUGUGUGUGUGCUGGAUGAUGGGUGUGUGAGUGCUGGAUGAUGUGGGUGUGUGUGUGCUGGAUGAUGUGGGUGUGUGUGUGCUGGAUGAUGUGGGUGUGUGUGUGCUGGAUGAUGGGUGUGUGUGUGCUGGAUGAUGGGUGUGUGAGUGCUGGAUGAUGGGUGUGUGUGUGCUGGAUGAUGUGUGUGUGUGCUGGAUGAUGUGUGUGUGUGCUGGAUGAUGGGUGUGUGCUGGAUGAUGGGUGUGUGAGUGCUGGAUGAUGGGUGUGUGUGUGCUGGAUGAUGGGUGUGUGAGUGCUGGAUGAUGGGUGUGUGUGUGCUGGAUGAUGGGUGUGUGAGUGCUGGAUGAUGGGGAGGGGAAGCAUUUUUUUUUUAACUUUAUGUGUCUAUAUUUUUUUAUUUUAUCCCCCCCUCCCUGCUUCUUACCUUGUCAGGGAGGGGGGAGAUCGCCUGGUGGUCCGGGUGGAGGGAGCCAGUCGCUGCACAGAGGGGCCAUCACACGCUGUGCUCCCUCUCCAGCUCUAACUCUCGCGAGACUCGCCUGUGCGGAGCGUUGCCAUGGUAACAGCCGCGAGUCUCGCGAGAGUUAUAGCUGGAGGGGGAACACAGCGUGUGCUGGCCCCUCAGUGCAGGUAGCAGGGCCGGUCCUGCAGGACAGGUAACGGGAACGGCGUUCCUGCUAUGGAAAAAGUGUAGGAACGCCGUUCCCAUGCGUUCCUGCAGGACUCGAGCCCUGGGACUGGGCCUGCAUAUGUUUGCCUGGAUACAUGCCUUAUAUAUAGCUAACAGUGCAAGGGCUUGCAUAAAUGGCGCAUUUACACCCCCAUUCCGUAUCAAUAAUGACACCAGGGAGGGAUGCCCAUUAUUGUCACUGCUCUUUAUCCUUGUCCUCAAUCCAUUCCUUCCAGUGGUCUUUCAAAACCCUGAUAAUAAUGGGGUCUGAGUGGACCAGGUCUGAGUCUUGAACUUACAGGGCACUCUGUAAUCUUUAAAUCUAUUUUUUUGGAGUCUACCAUUUUAAUCGUUACUGUGCCAAAAAGAUCUCAUUGAUCCUCCAGAGUUUCCAUUCCACUGUACAUACGUUUUUGUUGAAAGUCUAUGAAGUCUUUGGCUGUUAUACAGUGCAUAGUAUCUCAAAGAAAAAGGAAAAAGAGAGACAAUAAUAGUGCAGUAUGUCUUUAACACAGUGAAGUAGAGUGCUAUAGCAAAAACUCACUCACAAUUUAUACAAAGAGCUCUUCGGUACAAUCCCUGUCACUGGAUAUAUUUUCAGCUACAGUGGUGGUAGACUUUAUCUGUGUCUUAAAUAUGUGAAGACAAAAAUUUGAAUAUCCAGUAGUGCAAUAUGUAUAUCAAAUUAGUAUUGCAUAUAUGAAAAGGUAGGUAUCUUACUCACAUGAACUAGUGCAUACACCUGUUUUGUAGAUAUUAUAUUACAACCUUAUGUUAAACAAGUUAAAUCAUAUUUAAAGGAUAUCAUUGAUCUUAUAAAUAAAUUAAAUAAUAUCAAGUGGAAUAAUAGCUAUUGGUUAAUUACAUGUGAUGUACAAUCAUUGUACACGAUCAUCCCACAUGAGAAAGGCUGUAUCGCUGUAAAAAGUAUUUUAGAAAAAAAAUUGAUGUUUUCUGUAAGCAACACAUAUCUCCUCCCCUACAUCUAUGGUAUACUAAAAUGGAUGAACUAAGGUUGCUAGAGGACACUGGUAUAUGGGCCCAAUGGCUGACUACACCCUUCUCAUCUAGCUUUUCCCAGCUACUCACUUACAAGUAAAGCUAUAAAGCAUUGACUCAUUAUGGCUGUGCUGGACCAGUGGUCAUCCUUGUUCUUCCAUCGCCCCAGGAUACCAAGUUCUCUCACCUUUUUAGUUACAUUAACCUCUCAUGGAGGCUCUUAUCAUUUUAAUAGUUAGUUGGUACUUUGUUAUGUACCACUUGUAUUGUCCACACUUUAUUUUAAGAUACACAUCUGUCAACAGAACGGGCUACAAAGAUGACAAUCACCCUGAUUUAUAGUGAUAACAUUUAUUAUGAGGAAAAUUAGAAUGUUUUUUUGUUUGUUUUGUUUUUGUUUUAUUAAUUUGACAUUUUUCUGCGUUCCUAGGAAAUUUUUCUGAAACAUAUGCUGCAUUGUGUGAUUACAAUGGCAUGGCUGUUAGAGAAGAUGUUCAGUGGGUAAGCAUAAAUCUAAUUUUCAUGUUAACAAUAGUUGAUGGUUUUAAUUCAUCCCUCUACCAAUAACAGUAUGAUCUUAGAGUAGCUGGGAAAACAGAAGCGAUGAUUUGUGGCUCUAUUUCAGCCUAUAAUUAUUGAGAGAGGGACUGAAUCAAUGGCAGAGCAUCAAAUAAAUGUACGGAACUAUUUUAUACAUGCAUACACACAGCCCUCGUUUUGUACAAUCCAUGAGUUCCACAGAUUUGUUAAAUCCAUUUGUAUUUGUGGCUUGGUUGGGACCUUGAUUAUUUCAAAGUUUUACUCUGUAAGAUUUUGUUACAUUUUGAGUAUUAGCUGUUUUUUUUAAUAUGAUAUAAUGCAAGUCCUCUCUAAUUUAUAUUUAUGUAGUUUAGACUCAACAACAGAAAUUCUGUGCAGUGAAUCUCCAAUAACAGUAAAAUAAUUAUUACAAUACCUCAUGGAGAUUGUUCCAGAACUAAAAAUACAACUAGUCUACUGAAAAAGAACUGUCAUUUCAUUGGUGUAUUACACUUGCCAAAAUAAUCGAAAACAUAUGUAUUUAGAUAUUAAUCAUGUGACAAUAUGCUGUCAGAAUAAAAAAUAAGCUAAGGAACACACUGUGUUUUCUCGAGUCGUGUCAUUCACAUACCUGUUCUGAUGCAAACACAUCCUAGUUGAGUUACUGGUAAUUCCACCAAUAACAGACAUAUAUAAAUGCACCAUUUGUGCAUGUAUUAUCAUCUCAAUGUAGAGUACAGAGGAAUCACAUUGUCUUUUGUAAUUUAGGAAAUUUACUUAAUGAGGUUUGAAUAAAAACUAUUCAGGGCCAUAGUUUGUAAAUUAUGAGAUAUGCUUUUAUAUUUUUAUCAUCUGACAUCUUUUUUUAAGGAUGUGGACAAUAUAUAUCACACACAGAAUUGCAGAGAGUUCAGAUUACUUGAUUUCAGUCACCUGGAUACUAGGUAAGUGACAAUUUUAGAUUUACAAUAAUAGGAAAAUGAACAAUAAAAAAUACAGUAUACAGUCCUACCUAUAACUCUAAAUAAAAUGUAUGGCUUGAUUUAUUUGUAUUUUUUCUUAUAGAGAAAUAAAAUAAUAGGCAAUACAUUUCUCAUUGCCUAUUUAAUUCCUUACAGCCAUAUUGUGUUGAAUGUAUGUUGUGCACUUAGUGGCUGUUAUGGCUACCCUACCCAACUUACAAUUAUAGGUUAGGAAUAAAUAGACAUAAAGGACGUAUUACUGGACCUUAGAAUGGCCAAAUUUAUUGCAAAAAUGAGAGAAAGCGUAAACAUAAAACAAGAUCAGUGUACCACAAAUACUGAAAAAUGAUAUAACUAGCUUAGUCAGGAUUACAAAAGUCAGAAGAGUAAAUAUAACAAGCCAAAAUUGAAUAACCAGUAAAUCAAGAAACAAUAUAACGCACUAUACGAGAAAACAAGAGAAAACCAAGUCAGGGCAAUAAUAAUAAUGUAAUCCUAUGGCGGACACUGAUUGGUCCAUGUCACCCCUGAGACCCCAAAAAGUGAGAUAUGGGAUGAUAAAAGGAUGAUGCAGCGGUCAAGUCCUGGGGAAUAAAGUGUGGGAACUCACCCAAAAUCCCCCCACCUCCCCCCAAAAAAGUGCAGUGCAGGGUGUGUAUAAUGAAUGUAAUGUGUUUGCAGCGAAUGCACAGUAUACGUAAUGAAUGUCGUGUGUUUGUAGUGAGUGCAGAGUGUGUAUAAUGAAUUUAGUGUGUUUGUAGUGAGUGCAGAGUGUGUAUACUGAAUGUAGUGUGUUUGUAGUGAGUGCAGAGUGUGUAUACUGAAUGUAGUGUGUUUGUAGUGAGUGCAGAGUGUGUAUACUGAAUGUAGUGUGUUUGUAGUGAGUGCAGAGUGUGUAUACUGAAUGUAGUGUGUUUAUAGUGAGUGCAGAGUGUGUAUACUGAAUGUAGUGUGUUUGUAGUGAGUGCAGAGUGUGUAUACUGAAUGUAGUGUGUUUAUAGUGAGUGCAGAGUGUGUAUAAUGAAUGUAGUGUGUUUGUAGUGAGUGCAGAGUGUGUAUACUGAAUGUAGUGUGUUUAUAGUGAGUGCAGAGUGUGUAUAAUGAAUGUAGUGUGUUUGUAGUGAGUGCAGUGUGUAUAAAAAAUGUACUGUGUUUGUAGUGAAUGCAGAGUGUGUAUAAUGAAUGUAGUGUGGUUGUAGUGAGUGCAGUGUGUAUAAUAAAUGUACUGUGUUUAUAGUGAGUGCAGAGUGUGUAUAAAUGAAUGUAGUGUGUUUGUAGUGAGUGCAUAGUGUGUAUAAUGAAUUAGUGUGUUUGUAGUGAGUGCAGAGUGUGUAUAAUGAAUGUAGUGUGUUUGAAGUGACUGCAGUGUGUAUAAUAAAUGUACUGUGUUUGUAGUGAGUGCAGAGUGUGUAUAAUGAAUGUAGUGUGUUUUUGCUGUAUGAUGUGUGUGUUAUGGGGGAAGAAUUUUUUUUUCCAUUUAUGUGUGUAUAUUUUUUUAUUUUAUUCCUCCCUUAUUACCUUGUCAGGGAGGAGGGAGAUCACAUUCCCUGAUGGUACUGUGGUAUGGUGGAGUGAGCUAGCCGUUGCACACGGCGGCCCAGAACACUCUGUGUUCCCUCUCCAGCUCUGUCUAAUUGUGCGGAGCGUUGCCAUGGUAACCCGUGGCAACGCUCUGACGGCUGCAGGACUCGCGAAUGUGAGACACAGAACAGCUGGAGAGGGAACACUGCAAGACUACUAGCGGAAACGGCAUUCCUGCUUUGGAAAAAGUGCAGGAAUGCCGUUCACAUGCGUUCCUGCAAGACUCGAGUCCUGGGAUGAUGACAUGGUGAUGACGUGGCACUGCCAAUAUCGGAAAUUAUUCUAGGUGUCAUAUUAUUAUAAAGAAAGGGAUGCUGGGAGCGUGUAUUAUCCUUCUCUGUAUCAUAAGGCUGAGUGCUGAAUAGCAUUUGCCUCCCAAAUACAAGUGAAGGCUGAAGAAAGUCAGGAGGCGGUGUUUCCAGAAUGACACCUGCAACGUACUCAGUUAGUCUAGAGCACUACAUUGGUUGGAUAAGUAUUGUGACAGUGACAAAUGAUGUAUACUACAUAUUCUCUUUUAAAAGUGCUUUUACAAAACCAGAUUUUCCAUGAUUGGCAAGACUUAUCUAUUUUUUAAUGUCUCAGUAAAGAGAUCUUAUAGAAAUAGCCUUCUGUAGGCAGACUGCAUGAAGAAAAAGUCUUUCAAACCGAUCUUACAGCAAAGCUUGUUUACUUUAGAAGUUCUUAUCUCCUGCUUUCUUAAUCACUUCCUGAUGUUAGGGCGUACUAUGAAAGUAUGGCUUUAACGCCAUUAGGAUGGGUGUCACGUAUGGGAUAGCACGCCCUAAUGAUUGGACCCUUCCUGCAGUGCAGAUACUCAUCUUCCUUGUUGGAUUCGAUCAGGGGACUGCCUAACAACAGAGGCAGUCCUCCUGCAGCAAAACACACCCACCUGAGUCAUGUGAUCGCGAUGACACCAUGAUCACAUAAUCGGCCAGAUUACAACAUUGCCUGCCAAGGUUCUUAGGCAGACCCACCAACAUAUAAUUAUAAGUUAUAAAUAUAAACUUACAUGUAUAUAAUUUCAUUUUAAGUGUAUUUUGACAUUCAUAUACUUAUAUAUAUUUAUGUAUUAUUUUUACAUAAUUAAGUAAUUUUAUUGAUUAUAUAUUGGGGGACCUGCCUGACAACCCAGGCAGAAAGUCCAUAACAUUUCAUUUAAACCUGUAACUUUCCAAAACCCCAUAAAACCUCCUGGACUUGGGGUUUGCUGUUGCACUUGUGAGACAUUUCUGAACACAUAUUUGAGUGUUUUAGAGCAGUAAAACAUAUAAUGACAAUGAUAUCAUUUGUGAAAGGGCAGUUUUUGAGUGAAUGAUGAAAAAAAACAAAUAUGAACACUUUUGCCAGGGUUUGUGACUGUUUACUAUAAAAGACUAGACAUACCCCAUUUUGAAUACCCUGACUUUUAUACUUUUACAAAUGAUAUGCCAUAAUGAGGGUAAUUUUUAUUACCAGCCUGCCAUAUGGUCUCAAAGGCAACAUAGGCCGAGCAUAUCAAUGUGUACACACUGGAAAGGUGUAAGCUCUAUAUUUGACCUUUUAACUUUCUAAAAGCCCAUAAAACCUGUACAGGAAGGGGUACUGUUAUACUCAUGAGACAUAGCUGAACACAACUUUUUUAUUGCAGUAAAUGCUAACAAUAUUGUGGCAUUCACAGUUUGAAGGUCAUGCAGAACCUGGAAAAUAACUACAUUUCUCACACUCCUUUUUAGCUUUCAAUUAUUUUUUAAAUUGUAUUUAAUAUAUAAAUAUUGGAUUUGAAAUGAAAGCCCUAUUUCUCCUGAACAAAAUAUUAUAUAAUAAGUGUGGGUACACUUAAUAUGAAAAAGGUAAAUGUAUGGUUCAACAGACAUUUAGCUCAAAUUCCAGGUUUUGUUUUGGUUCAGAAUGUGUACAAUUGCCUUGGUAUAUAAGGAGUAAAUUGAUCUUUAUACACAUACAUGAGGUUGCUACAGGCUUUAGCAGCUGAUUAACAGAGCAGGAGAUAAGAAAUUCUAAAUUAAACACAUUGCACAAUAUAGGAAACUAAAAAAAUUAGACUUCUUUUUCAGGAAGUGUAUAGGGAGGCUCUGUGUGUAAUAGUUAUGGGAGGCUAUAGCUUCAAAUAGAAAGUGAUUUAACUUCUAAAAGGCAGAGAAUUAAGCAGUGAGACAGCAGAGUCAUGAUCCAUACACCAAAACUGCUUCAUACGCUAAUGUUGUCUUGGGGCUUGGAGUGUCCUUUUAAAUAAGCUUACAUUGUUAACAGACAUGGGGAUGUUCCUUUAAGGCAAGUUAUAACCAUGAAUCGCUAUUCUUUUAUUUUCUAUUGUGCAAAAAAAUUAUAAAGUGCAAAAAAUCUCUGAUUUAGAUGUAAUAUCUCAUCUUCUGUUUGGCUGUACUGAAAAGGAUAUUGUCAAAAAUUACUGAUUAGUUUAAUUGUUAUGUUUGUUCAAAAUCCAUUCUGCCUGUCACUGUUAUAUAUGUUUUUGUCUUUCAGUGAUGUAGCACUAACAGUGGCUUCCUUAUCGUUUAAUCAAUGGUUUACCAAGCUCUCCUGUAAGGACUUCAAAUUGGUAAGGUGGUUGAUACUAAUAGAUACUAGAUAGUAUACCAUUAGUGAUGUGCCGAACGGUUCGCGAACGGUUCGCCACGAACGGUUCGCCACGAACGGUUCGCCACGGACUCAUCAUUGAGUAAACUUUGACCCUGUACCUCACAGUCAGCAGACACAUUCCAGCCAAUCAGCAGCAGACCCUCCCUCCCCCACCCUCCCACCUCCUGGACAGCAUCCAUUUUACAUUCAUUGUGAAGCUGCAUUCUUAGUGAGCUGUCCAGGAGGUGGGAGGGUCUGCUGCUGAUUGGCUGGAAUGUGUCUGCUGACUGUGAGGUACAGGGUCAAAAUUUACUCAAUGAUGAGUCCGCAGCAAACCGUUCGCGGCGAACCGUUCGGGACAUCGCUAUAUACCAUACAUCAUAAUAAAACACAGGAGUAAAGGUCAGAUUUGCAGAGUUUCCUAUUCCUCAGCUCCUCUCCUGGCCUAUCAUUAAAUUGGAUUUAAUGAAAAUUAGGUAUCACUCACUAUGCUAUACAGAAUUUGGAAUUUAAAAAAAUAGAUAUAUAAAUAAGAGACAAAUACACAUAUUUGUAAAAUACUUAUUGUUAGAAUAACUUCAUCAUUCCCAUUACAUAAAAGACCAAUGGAUAGACGGAAAUACCUCUGAUCUCUGACAUAUAACACUUUACCCCUCCACUAUACUUACAGUAUACUACCUUGAAUUCCUUAAAAGACCACUAUAGGCACCCAGACCACUUCAGCUCAUUGAAGUGGUCUGGGUGCCAGGUGCAUCUAGUGUUAACCCUGCAGCUGUAAACAUAUCAGUUUCAGAGAAACUGCUAUGUUUACACUAGGGUUAAUCCAGCCUCUAGUGGCUGUCUCACUGACAGCCGCUAGGUGCGCUUCCGCACGUCUCACUGUGAAAAUCACAGUGAGAAGACGCUGUCAUCCAUAGGAAAGCAUUGAGAAAUGCUUUCCUAUGGACUGAUUGAAUGCACGCGCGGCUCUUGCCAUGCAUGCGUAUUAAGCGCUGACGUCAAAAGAGGGAGGAGAGUUUGUUUUCCUGGCACUAUAGUGGUCCUUUAAUGUUAAGCAUUUCAGUCAUUUUACAUUUAUUUAGGUUGUUCCUAAAUAAAUGUAAAAUUUCCGAGUUUUGACUUAUUCUGUAUAAAUUAUAAUUAUUCCUGUCUUUUUACUUACGAUGUAGUCAUAUGGAUUACCACAGGGUUUACCUUCACCUCUUUAAUUCACCCUGUGUUUCUCAUUUCCUCUCAUUCCUCCACCUAUCCUCUUAAUACCCCUCAUGUUAUCAGAUCUCUCUUCCCUUGCCUUGUGCCCUUCCUAAUGCAUGUCUUCAAUUGUUCUCUUUCUUCUAGCAUUGUCCCCAUAUCACUUAAGCACGCUGUUGUUGUACACAGGGCCAGAUUAAGAGCCUAUUGGGCCUGCUGCUGACAAUUAUGAUGGACCUUCAAAAUCUUAUCGACAGAAAAUACUCAUAGUUAUACCUCCCAAGCGUCAUGUAUCUGGCGGAGGUGGUGCUGGAGGGACACUCACAGGAUAUAGCUAUAAGAAAACACAUUCCCUAUGCUAAUCUUUCGCUUUCAUCUUUCAAGUAAAUCCAUACCACCUAACAGCAGGUCUGGUGAUGCAGAAUAUCGGUGGGCAGAGAAAAAAGGGUGGGCCACUGACGCGAGCCACGUAACCAGAACUACCCAAAGGGGCGAACAUGACCUAAAAGUGUCUGCCUGAAAAAUUAGAAGGUCAGCCUAGUGUAGAUGCAUGACAGGCUGCCUGCCAUUCAUGCAUGCUGGCCAACAAAAGCCAUACUGUGCAGACAACAGCACCCUGAGUUUCGCUUGAAUGCGUCUAAUGAUGCGCUCGCUCCACGCUUUCUAAGGACUGCUCCCUAGCACUCACUUAUCCAUUCCUCUCCUUACCUUCUUACUAGCAGGCAGAAACUUCUGUUGUACAGUCUGGGACAGAGGAAAGGUGUACAUAGAAGAAACAGAACAUGCCACAGUGUUAGAGAGACCGAAGCAGCAAGAAUCCAUAGUGCGCAAAGUCAGCUUUACCUUAUUUCAUUGUCAGCAGGUCCACACAUGUUUUGUUCCCCUACAUCCAUCUUAAGUUUCCAUACUUAAGCAAGAGCAUGUGAAGGGUAGUACUCCCUAUGUUAAUCCGGCCCUGUUUGUACCCCUCUUUAAAAAAAAGCCAUUUAUUGACCCAUGUCAUGUAUUUGUUUGAAUGUCCUCCUGCUUUCUAAAACUGCUUCUUAUCUUCCCUCCUAAUGAUAAUAAUCAUCCUUUGCCUCUCUCUCUGCAAGUUGUUGAUGGUGCAUACUGUGGCAAACCUAGCCACUUGGACAAUAUAAAGAGACUGUCCCUUUUAGGGUUGCCUGUAUGUCGGUGGGGAUAUGUGUUUAAUUAUGCUUAAUGUAUGCUGGCUGUACUGUGUAUUUCCUGUAUUCGCUAUCUGUAUUGGGUUUUCCUUUCGUUUCACGAACGGCACUUUUGCGGGCCGUUCGUGAACCGAAAACACUCUACAUAGUAGCCCACACACUUAGAGGCGUGUGGCGCUUGUUAACCGAUCGGUAAUUAGAGGCUCUCCUAGGUGGCCGCCGUUCGACUACCGACCAUGCGGCGGUCGGCCAUCUUGGAUCCUUUGUUCCCUCAGCGGUGUUAGGUCGUUGAGCGCAUGGUACUAAAAACGGCUACUCGACGGCGCGAACACCGCUGAGCCUCCAGGCCGUUCAGGAGUUCCGGGCCAUUCGGUAUUUCAUUCCCUGGAAGGCAAUCGGUCAUUUUAAUAUGUCUUUUAAUAAAUGUGUUUUUCGUGCGGCGUUCGGUUGUUUUAGCUGGGAUCUGAGCGGUAAUCUCAUGAAUGAUGCACUCAGACCCCAGCUAUCUACCGAACAUCCAUUCGUUUAAAAAGACCGCAUAUUCAUAGAGUUAUACAUUUUUCUACGAAUUGUAAGUUCUGCUGCACGGAGGGAUAAUCCACUUAACGGUAUAUUCUAGUGGGAGGAUCCCUCUCGUGCAGCAGUGCCUGAUGGGAGAAAUGCCCUGUAUUGUAAGUCCCCGAUGUAGUCCCCUCUGGGAAUGCCCCUGGGAAGGGGCUCAGGAAACCCCUUGCAUGGGGACUUGUAUAAAUUGUGAAGCUGAAUUAAAAGACCUCAGUUGACUCUCAGAACUGUGUUUCAUCCGGUUACUGGGAGGUUUGGGAUAUUGCCUUGUUGUUUCCAGCGCUUGACUGUGGAUUAUUUCCUGAACCAGCGGAAUUCGUGGAUUUAAUAUUGGCGUUCCGCUACACAUACGUCAGUCCAUCGUUGCAAGCUCACCCUUGUUUUAUCUUUGAUUCUGGCCUUACCUUUACAUAUCAUAUCCAGUCUGUCACCAAAUCCUGCCAAUGCUACCUUAAGAAGAUCCAUCCCUUUUGAACGCAAGAUGCUAUGAUCGAGCUGGUUUAUGCUCUUGUAAUUUCUCGCAUUGACUAGAGUAAUUCUCUCCUAAAUGGUCUCUCCGGAAAUUAUACUGCCUCUCUACAGCCCAUAAUGAAUGCUUCUGCCAGGCUUAUUAUUCUCUCCUGUGGCUCCUCCUAUAUGUCCCCCCUCUGACAAUCAUUAUAUUGGCUUCCUGUUCCAUAUAGGAUUCAAAAUAUUAACUCUUACCUACAAAUUUCUGAAGAACUUUACCCACCCAAUACACCUAUUCGCUUAUUCAUAGGUACACGUCUUCUCAGCUGCUCUGCUUCUUCUGUCUGUUACUCAUACCUGUAAUGCUAACUUAUGCUUACAUGACUUCUCACAGGCUGCCCCCUUUUUAUGGAAUAGCCUUCAUCACCCAUUAGGUUUUCUUUUAGUCUCCAACCCUUUAAGAAGUCCCUAAAAAAAACACAAUUUUAAAAUAGAUAAUGGAUUCCCAAGGUAACUGUCAUUCCUCAAACCUAUAUCUUUCUUUCUAAACUUAAGUAGUUGGUCCAUUCUCCACCACACACUCACCAAGUUUGCUACUUUUUAUAACUCGCAUCCUCUAGAUUGUAAGCAUGUUUGAGCUGGGUGCUCAUCAGCUUAUUGUUCAUGUCAAAAUGCAUAAUAAUUUGUCUCAUUUGUUGUUAAAUUCCUCCUUAAUAAUAUUGUAAAAUUGUAUAUAUAUAUAUGUAUUAAAGCCGUUUGGCCUGUAAUUGUGGGAGGGGCUUAAGUUAACUCACUCCCCUAUAUAAGGUACACCCCUUACCUGACUCCUUACCGAUCCAGGUCAGCUUCUGAAUGCACUUCCGGUUCAUCCAGUCGCCAUUUUGGAAUACUUCUGUUUUCUCACGCUGGUCUUCCACGCUGAAUUGUGUCCCGGAAUCCUUCUGCAGGCUUUUCUGUCCGACCAGCUUCUUGCUUCUUCCAUCGCCGCAGAUCACGUCCUAGUGACUUGCAAUCCGUAAGUUGACCUACCCGUUACGCCAGGCAACAGUCCCACGGCAUCAUUCACGGGUCAGGUCCUCACUUUACAGUUAUGUUCGGUUAUUUCAAAUACUGCACUGCAUACUGUCUAUAAUGGUUCGCUUAUUUGGCUGUUCGUAUACACGGCCCGUUCGGUUAAAUCUGGACAUGUAUUUGGCCCGGCUCGUCAUACUCACUGUCGGGCAGAAUCUCCAUUCAUGCGGUUCCAACCACACAAACUUCAUACCUUUUAUAUUGCUAACCGCUGCAUACUGCCGAAUGGACCAUGCGUUCUAGAGAUACUAUUAGUCUACACGUGCACUUUACACGUGGGUCCGCACAGAUACAGGCGGCACAAGUUACACUGAAAGGUAGAUCACCUGUUCGUGCGUUUCAAACGCACGGGCAGGGAAGAAACCUUCAGGCAAUCCUAUACUGACAGCCCCUUAUAUAUAUAUAUUAUUAUCACCUAACAGCCAGUUAUUACAUAAUUACCCCAGGUCCAUACUAUACAUACCAUGAACUCCUACCAUAUUAAUCCCCUCACAUACAGGCCUUACCAUACCGGCAGGUACAGACACGUAUGUGGGUAUGGUCAGAUAUAUAUAUUAUAUUAGUAUGUAUGGACACAAUGUUUCAUGUACGGGCAUCCCAUACAAUUUUGGUUAUUUAUGUUAAGUAUAAAUGGUAAUUCACACAUGUUCAUUCAUAAAUAUGACAAUGACAACAGUGGUUCUACUAACACUGCCACCUACAGGUCGGCAAUUUUCAUUACUAUUCUGAGAUGUUACACAUCAUCUCUACUGACCUCUACAGGUCAACAAAACAAACAACAUUAAAAUAAACUUGGAUUGUACAACACAUUUUUCUGUAUUUUCAUACAGUCUCUAUCUAUUUAGUUUACAGGUACUACUGAAACCUAUACGGAUUAUCAGGUUUCACAAAAACCAUACUACCAGGUAUGUACACCUGCUUACAGUAUACCCAUUUCAGAUCUCCCAGAAUAGACAUAAGUACUGGCAAUCAGGGUCAUAGGGGCCAAUAGAUAUUUUCCCCCUCUGCACCAUGCUUCGGAUUAGUGGUCCCGUGAGGCCAACACCCCGCCUCACGCUCAGAGGCAUACACCCCUUGGGCCACUCGUGAGCUAGCCGCCUCGCAUGUAUCAUAGAGAGGGCCUCAUCUGUCACUCCCCUUCCUUUUUUCUGGUCACAGUCACCGAGAGGUUAACAUCCUGCCACACGUUCAGUGGACACAAAAUAUUCCCUCGCGCCAAUGUAUAGAUAGAGCCUCUCAAAGCCACUUGGCAACUAACAGGGCCUCACCUGUCACCAAAACAUUAAGCAUAAUUGUUUUGCCACGGCUUAGCUAGGGUUGAGACACCUUCACGUAGGGGAGAUGUUGCCAGUCCAGCAUCUAUCAGAUCCUGAAUAAUCCCACGCAACUCCACCAAGCUAAGGAGGCGACAAAUCCCCUACCCUGCCACAGCAAGAAAAACAGAGCUAUUCAAACUCCUACGCACAGCAACCGACAACACGAAAGCAAGGGAAGGCUCCAGCAACACCAACUCAGGUGACAUCCAGACUGUGCUGGCCAAGGUCAACGACAGACUGGCUAACUUCAAGGCGGUCACCACAACUCGAAUCCUCUAGAUUGUAAGCAUGUUUGAGCUGGGUGCUCAUCAGCUUAUUGUUCAUGUCAAAAUGCAUAAUAAUUUGUCUCAUUUGUUGUUAAAUUCCUCCUUAAUAAUAUUGUAAAAUUGUAUAUAUAUAUAUGUAUUAAGGCCGUUUGGCCUGUAAUUGUGGGAGGGGCUUAAGUUAACUCACUCCCCUAUAUAAGGUACUUACCUGACCCUUACCUGACUCCUUACCGAUCAAGGUCAGCUUCUGAAUGCACUUCCGGUUCAUCCAGUCGCCAUUUUGGAAUACUUCUGUUUUCUCACGCUGGUCUUCCACGCUGAAUUGUGUCCCGGAAUCCUACUGCAGGCUUUUCUGUCCGACCAGCUUCCUGCUUCUUCCAUCGCCGCAGAUCACGUCCUAGUGACUUGCAAACCGUAAGUUGACCUACCCGUUACGCCAGGCAACAGUCCCACGGCUGAGACUGGCCUUCCCAACACUGUACAACCAGCACCUACCGGACCACAGGCCACUUGUACGGUUAACUCAGCAGAUACUCAGGACGUUGAUCCUGCGCACACAAUCCCAGCCCACAUCAAAAGAGACAUCCUGGAGGGCAAAGAUGUCAACUUAGCAUCCCUACUAAUUGCCUCCCAGGAUGUUGUAGAAAAUAAGACUUUCAUGUAUGAUGAUGUAUCUGUGGUGGUCAGAUCUAAGGACGCCAGGUUAAACCGAAAACUGACCAUCCUGGAAUUUGUGUUAGCUUUUGGUAUAUUUAGAGAUGUCAUCUGCGAGGUGUACCCAAAUAGAAGGGAAGAAUUCGAUCGGUACAUGCACAAGCUGGUGGACCUGGGAAACGAAUAUGGAGGUUCGGCCUUUUACGACUACCAUAGGUAAUUUUCCACCAAAGGAUCUGGCGCUCUCUCCCAGUAUGCUGUCCAUAUCAACUGGAGCAAGCUAGAUACGGAAAUAUUUCUCAGUCACUUCGCAGGUCUAAAAACACUGGCUUGUGCAUCCUGUUCAACUACUACACACACAACUAACUUUUGUUCCAGCACAGCAGACGACCACAACCAGGCACCUAGCACUAGCUACGCUGGGAGAACAGAGAAAACCUCCAGAGACAAACUGGGCCGGCCCAUCAUUUUCUUUGGCAAAUCCCAGAUUUGCAAUAAUUUCAAUGCGGGCACAUGUAGCUUCAGUGCAUGCAGACUAUUGCAUAUUUAUUCCAAAUGUUUCAGGGCACAUUCAAAAAAUAUGUGUCCAAAUAAAAUGUACCCUAAACCGUAUUUAAGGUCUGUGAACAUUAAUGUAUUUUCAGCACUACUGACCAAUCACCCCUCCAGACAUUUGGUACAAUUUCUCAUUGCUGACCUAUCAGAGGGGUUCCAUACAGGUAUCAUUCAUCUUCCCACAGGCCAUCUAGAAUUACCUAAUUUACAAUAAGCACAACAGAACCCUACUGCCGUAGAUACGCUCAUAGCCAAAGAAUUGGCCGAGGGGUUCUUGUUCGGGCCUUUUACAAUCCCACCAUUUACGGCAUGGCGCACGAAUCCCAUUGGGAUCGUCACAUGGAAAUCUUCCCUUAAAAAGAGACUCAUCAUAAAUCUUUCAGCCCCUCAUACCUCUUCUACCCCAAGUCUCAACUCCCUUAUUCCCUCUGAAUAAUUUUCCCUGUCAUAUGCUACUAUAGAUCAUGCCAUUACAGUCAUUUUGCAAGCAGGGGUCGGAGCCUGCAAAGUAAGACAGACAUUACAAAUGCCUUCAAAUUACUCCCAAUCCACCCUACCCUCUGGCAUUUACAUGGCAUCAAAUGGGCAGACAACUAUUAUUUUUUUCUCCCGCUUAACUUUUGGGUCAAAAAGUAGCCCAAAAAUCUUCGACACAUUUGCAGAAUCACUUUGCUGGUUGUUACUAAACAUUUCUAGAUGCCCCAUAGUCAUUCAUUAUCUUGAUGACUUUCUGCUGAUCGAAGAAAACUCCUUUCCACCCAGGAGUCUCAAAGAAGCCAUUAAGCUGUUUGACCACUUAGGUGUCCCAGUAUCGCCUACAAAAACAGAAGGUCCCGACACCAUAAUUACAUUUUUGGGCAUACGACUUGACUCGGCAUCCAUGCACGCAAGCUUACCACAAGAGAAAAUUACAAACAUUCUCAACAGCAUAAAUCAUUACAUCUUGCUGGGGACUUGCAACCGCAAGGAACUUCAAUCCCUCAUAGGUUCAUUAAACUUUGCCAUGCGCAUUAUCCCACAAGGGCGGGAUUUCAUAUCCAGACUUCUUUGUCUUUUACCACAAUUCCGACAUGACAACUAUAGACUGUCCAUGGAUAUGCAGGCCACAGCAGACCUACACAUGUGGAAGGAAUUCCUGACAACCUGGAAUGGUAAAAGCGUAUUUCUUCCAGCACUUUCUGACAGGUCACCAACCAUAUGGUCGCAGACGCGGCCACGGGUCUUGCUGCAAUCUUUGAGAACGAAUGGAUUUGGGGUGAGUGGCCUGGAGAAGUCCAUGACUUAGAAGGCUUUUUACAACUUCAGCUCUUUUUGAGAUCUACCCCAUCGUAGCGGUGGCUGUAGCAUGGGGACAUUUAUGGACAGGCUUGUCAGUUCAUUGUCACUCAGACAACCAGGCCACAUGCCACAUCACUAACGGAGGCCGUUCAUCAUCCCUAACAAUCAUGAGGUUUCUUAGGAAACUCACGUGGUUGGCAGCAUGUCACAAUUUUUAGUUGGUUGCUUUUAUGUUCCAGGCAUCAGUAAUAUAGCAGCUGACAGUCUGUCUCGUUUUAACUUUCAGGCUUUUCGGCAAGCACUCCCGUCAGCUGCUCAAGCAGCCACAGCCGCCCCUCCGUUCCAACAGCUAACCAUGGACUAGAAUUAAUCAUGCAACAUAGCAGGGAUCUGUCCAAACUAGCUCUUUCAUCCAACACUCGCAAAACAUACAACAGAGCCUUCUCACUGUUCACAAGAUUUCUGUCAAACCACGACAUAUCCCAACCUUUUCUCAUGACAUUUAUCAUAGCCUUCGCCUCUUAAAUUACACCUUUUUUUUUUUGCCAUCUCAAAUUACACUUAUCCUACAACACCAUCAAAUUAUAUCUCACAGGCAUUCAACAUCACAUGCUAACCAUACGGCCUAACACACAUAGCUUCAUGUCUUCUUAUCAGGUAAAGAACAUACUCAGAGGCAUUCAGAAAUCAGUCCCUCCACGUUCCCCACAACGAUUACCUAUAGACAAUACACUGUUUCAGUCAAUCCGAUCUAUUAGACACCAAACCUUUCCACUCUACCACCAACACAGUCAUCAAAACUGCCAUGUACAUAGCCUUCUACGGUUUCCUCAGGUCAUGAGAAUUCACUACUAUCACCACCACUCAGACAGACAGGUGCCUCCUGCGCACACACCUACGCAAACAUAUGGACCACUACAUACUGGCACUACCACAGACAAAAACAAGCCAACACGCACCUCCAGUUGAAAUCACUUAUUAUUGUACCCACAACAAAUGGUGUCCAGUGGCAGCUCUGGAUUCAUACCUGUUACACACCACAUCACUACCAUCACCUCAUUUAUUCGUACUACAAGGCUCUGUACUCACUACCACUGAUUUCAUUAAAUACACCCGAUCCCUGCUAACCAUGCUAGGUUUUAACCCGGCUCACUACUCAGGUCACUCCUUCCGCAUAGGAACUUACUAGAAACUUACUCCAUAUACGGCUAUUUGCCCCUUACACAAGUAUUAAGGCCGUUUGGCCUGUAAUUGUGGGAGGGGCUUAAGUUAACACUUUUUUCUUCUUUUCCUUUCCUUUCCUUUUCUUACUCCAUGGUGGGCCCUCUUUAUUUACAGGCCUACUGUAUCGUUGGUCUCGGCACACCACAACCGACUUGCUCUUUUAUACUAUCCUAAGUUCUUACUUGAAACUUACUCCGUAUACGGCUAUUUGCCCCUUACACAAGUAUUAAGGCCGUUUGGCCUGUAAUUGUGGGAGGGGCUUAAGUUAACUCACUCCCCUAUAUAAGGUACACCCCUAACCUGACUCCUUACCGAUCAAGGUCAACUUCUGAAUGACCCUCCCACCCACUCCUCAAUCUUAACACUUUUUUCUUCUUUUCCUUUCCUUUCCUUUUCUUACUCCUUGGUGGGCCCUCUUUAUUUACAGGCCUACCGUAUCGUCGGUCUCGGCACACCACAACCGACUUGCUCUUUUAUACUAUCCUAAGUUCUUACUUGAAACUUACUCCAUAUACGGCUAUUUGCCACUUACACAAAUAUAUAUAUAUAUAUCAUAUUUCCAUAUUGUGUUUGCUUUGCAUUAUUGCUUUUGUAUACGAACAUUUUGUUCAAAGUGGACUGAAAUAAUUUGUCCUUUGAAAACAUAUCUUAAAGGAUCAUUAAUGAAACCCAGACAACUUCAUCUGAAUAAGGUGGUCUGGAAGCAAUGUUUCUUUAGUUGUAAUUCUGCAUUGUAAAGCAUUGCAAUUUAGUAGAUACGGCAAUGCUUACAUUGAAGAGUUAAAUACACCUCGAGUGGAUGUCUACCUGACAGCCUUUAGAGGCACUUCCACUGUGAGCAGUGUACCAAAUCAAACUUGGUUUUCACAACUAAUCACCAUUUCAUUGCAGAAGCACAGCACUGGCUGUGCACGCACUCUUUGUCCCCAGUGCUCUUCAUAAAGGAGCAUUGGAUUGGACAAAAGAGAAGCGUCAGCAUGACAUCAUGCAAAGUGGAUUGAGUAGCUGCAAGGACUUGAUCUUGGCGCUGGAAAAAAAAAAAUAGUAAUACUUCAAGAUUUUAUUUUGAUUUGGUGGGGGCCUAUAUCCAAAUAAAGAGUAAAACUGCUGUGUAACAAUAGCGUUAGGAAUAUAGGUCUGUACUUCUAAUGCUAUCGUGUUCCUUUAGCUUUGUUUGUGUGCCCUACAUGUUCUCUAAAGAGUGAAAGUAUGAGUAUAGAGAAAGAUUUAGAUUGCCUGGUCUUUUUAUGUAUAUAAAAAAAGCUUUAAUCAUCAAAUGGAUAUUAUAGGUCAUGUUGCCUGUUUUUUUUAUUUUGUGUUUAUUUGCACAUAAUUGUAAAGAAAUAUAGCCUAAACAUUGACAUUGAAGCUGUAGUUACAUAAGAUCCUGAAUGUUUAUUUUUUGUUUGGUUUAUAUACAGAGACUGGAAAUAUCUGAACAGAUUUUAUACAUGCUAACUAAAUCUAUAAAAUUAGAAGAACUGUGUUUGGAGAAUUGUGGACUGAAAUGGUAAGAGACUGACUAUGUAUAUUUUCAAUAAAAUUUUUAUUGAUGCUUAAAUUGACAAUAAGAAAAAAAGCAGAUCAAACAUUCGAGAUACAAUUAACAGUGUUAUAAAAGUGAUAAGCAGAUACUUGAUUAGCUUAGACUACACUAUGUAUUUAUUUGUUUAUCCAUUUUAGAAAUACAGAGGGGGUGGUAAAGCUUUAGACAUUAUCCCUUACCUUGCAAUAUUUCACACAGGGUCUAAAAUAUAUUAGUAUCAAGGCAAAAUGACUUGUUUCAAACAAAUGUUAACAAAUAAUUUUGCACUGAAUUCACAAGACAAUCGCACAAAAUACACUUCUACUGAAAUAGCUACCUUUUAGUGGAAAACUCCACACUCAACUAGCAAAAGGCAAAAAUAAAACAAGAGCAGCAGAGAAGUACAUAAAGAUUGUUUUGAAAAAUAAAAAAAUUAAAUAGAAAAAAAACCUUAAGUAGACAAAGUAGAAAUCUAAUAUAAAAAAAUAUAUCCACUGCACAAUGUAUGAACAAGCUAAUAAAACAUUUAUUAAUAAAAUAAAAACUUAAAAAUUAAAAUAUGUACAUAGAAUUGAGAUAGAUGCAUGCGGUCACCGUGGUGCAACAAAAAGUACUUGCAUUCAUACUGUUCCAUAAUAAACCCACAAAAUUGGUAAAUGAUACAAUGGUAAGUAGAUCAACCUGACCUUUGGACAUAAUGAGUUCAAGAAUAAGAGGUGUCAGUUGACUGAGAAACUAUACCCAGUUGAUAAAAAAAACAUAAGAGGAAUCUGAGUAGAGAAUGCUGAAUUUUGAAGGCAACAAGAGAGAAGUACACUCACCUAGUGGAAUUAAUUUCAGUGAUAAGCACAGCUGUCUCUGUUAAGCUGACAUUCAGUAGAUGAGGAUAUAAAGUGCUGAUGCAGUUGCUAGGUUCUUGGUUGGUGAGUGCCUUCUAUGGUCAGCCAGUGGGCCAUUCACAUAAGUAUCUUGAAGAAUGGAUGUUUUGGAAGAAAUGGGUAGGGGUUGCUACAAGGGCACAGCAUCAGUGGAGGACUGCAGAAGAAAAAUGCAAACUUAUAUCGUUCAAACUACUUUUUCAGGGCAAAGAUUUCACCAAUGUUACAAAUGUUGUUGUUGUUUUAUUAUGCAACAAUUUGGAUGUAUGCACUUUGUAUGCCUUUUUAAGUCUCCUGCAUGUAAUGCAGAGUUUACAUAUUACAUUAAUAUUAUUGUGCAUAAACAAAAAUAGGUGUUAAAAAAUGCAGAAAUAAACAUAUAAAUAGAUACUGCUUUAUCAAAUGCACAUCACAAAAAAUUCAAGUACUCUAAAUGUAAUUGGUAAAUAAUUAAAAGAGGAUAAUCUGUAAAAUAAUGUAUAUAGCGAGGGCAAAAGAUUCCACCAAAAGUAAUAAAUGGCUUUAAUAAAAAUCAAUUAAAAGUGAAAAAUCUCUAGUUUUAUCCAGCUAGCGUAGGACAAUUCUAUGUACAUUCAACAUGUGUAGAACUUUUUUCUCUUCUGAGUAUCUUGACAAAAGGGAGGUAAGGUUGUCUCUUGAUUGAUGUUGUGAUGGUAGUCACCAUCACUGGGAGCAGAAGGACACUUUACAUAGGUUCCUGAAUUGUUCUUAUGUUUUAGUCACUCUGUGUCCAUUAUAGGUGCAGGGUGUGUAUAAUUUACUUGAUUGUGGUUAAAUGUAUUGUGUGCUUGUCUGUCCUGCUGAUGCUUGCUACCAACAAGGUAGAUGUGGCUGUGGAUCCUUUACAGCACCCUUUGUUGGUAGCAACUAACUGAAUAACAAGGUUUGUUAAUUUGCAUAUUAAUGAGAAAUUGAUAGCCAAAGAAUGCAAAACCAACCCCAAACAUGUUUUCAAGUACAUCAAUUCUAAAAAAACAAAAAAUGGAAGUGUAGGUACACUGAAAACAGAGAUGGGUCUGUUAGUCAAUGAAGACCAGGAAAAGGCAGAAAUUUUAAAUAACUAUUUUUCUUCAGUAUAUAUUAAUGAGGGUCAUAUGGCAAGAGAUAAGCAAAUGAUUGCUGCAACAAACUUGCAGAAAAUUUGUGAUUGGAUAACUUGAGACAAGGUGCUACAGCUAUUAUAGAAAAUGAAUGUAAAUAAAGCUCCGGGACCUGACGGUAUUCACCCAUGAGUACUUAAGGAGCUAUGUGGGGAAAUAAGUGAACCUCUGUAUUUAAUUUUUCAAGAUUCUUUUGUUUCAGGUAUUGUACCGGAGGAUUGGAGGAAGGCAGAUGUUGUUCCUAUAUUUAAAAAGGGUUCAAAAUCCUUGCCUGGAAAUUAUAGACCUGUGAGCUUAACUUCUGUGACUGGGAAAUUAUUUGAACAGCUAUUAAGGGAUAAUAUUCAGGAAUUCAUUGGGAAGAACUGUGUUAUUAGCAAUAAUCAGCAUGGUUUUAUGAAACAUAGGUCAUAUCAAACUAACUAACCUAAUUGCAUUCUACGAAGCAGUAAGUAGAAGUAUAGAUCAGCGUGUUGCAGUGGAUGUGAUCUACUUGGAUUUUGCCAAGGCAUUUGAUAUGGUUCCUCACAAUAGGCUAGUCUUCAAACUAAAAGAAAUUGGUCUAGAUGAAUAUUCUUGUUCUUGGGUAGAACAUUGGCUUAAGGAUAGAGUACGAGUUGUCAUUAAUGGUAAAUUUUCAAGCUGGACAAAAGUGGUAAGUGGUGUCCCUCAGGGUUCUGUUUUGGGACCGCUUCUAUUUAACAUAUUUAUAAAUGAUCUUGAAAUGGGCAUUGAAAGCCAUGUAUCAGUGUUUGCAGAUGACACAAAACUUUGUAAAGUAAUAAAAUGUGAGCAGGAUAUUGCCUUGCUGCAGAGGGAUUUGGAUAGAUUGGGGGACUGGGCACUAAAAUGGCAGAUGAAAUUUAACGUAGAGAAAUGCAAAGUUAUGCACUUCGGGGUUAAGAAUGCACAAGCAAUUUACACCCUAAAUGGUAGUGAACUAGGGAUAACCACACACGAGAAGGAUUUGGGAAUUGUUAUAGACAACAAAUUAGGCAGCAAUAUGCAAUGUCAAUCUGCCGUUGCUAAGGCCAGUAAGGUUUUGUCAUGUAUAAAUAGGGGCAUAAAUUCUCGAGAUGAAAAUAUAAUUUUGCCUCUUCAUAAAUCGCUGGUAAGACCACACCUUAAAUAUGCUGUGCAAUUUUGGGCACCUGUUUUAAAGAAAGAUAUCAUGGCACUAUAAAAAGUGCAGAGACGAGCUACAAAAUUGAUAAAAGGAAUGGAGCAUUUUAGUUAUGAAGAAAGGUUAAAAAAUGUAAAUCUCUUUAGUUUGGAAAAACGGUGUCUGAGAGGGGAUAUGAUAACAUUAUACAAAUAUAUUCGAGGCCAGUACAAACCAUUAUCUGGAAAUCUAUACAUAAACAGGGCUAUACAUAGGACACGAGGUCACACAUUUAGGCUUGAAGAAAGGAGAUUUCAAUUAAGGCAAAGAAAAGGUUUUUUUACAGUAAGAGCAAUAAGGAUAUGGAAUUCUUUGCCUGAAGAGGUGGUUCUGUCAGAGUCUAUACAGAUGUUUAAACUGCAAUUGGAUAAAUACUUGCAAAAGCAUAACAUACAGGGAUAUAAUUUCUAAUUAGUGGGGUAAUAGCUCCUUGAUCCAAGGAGACAUCUGACUGCUAUUUUGGGGUCAAGAAGGAAUUUUUUCCUAGUUUGUUGCAAAAUUGGAAGUGCUUCAGACUGGGUUUUUUGCCUUCUUUUGGAUCAACAGCAAAAACAUAUGUGAGGAAGGCGGAACUUGAUGGACGCAAGUCUCUUUUCAGCUAUGUAACUAUGUAACUAUGUAACUAUAUUCAGGUAGAUUUGCAUAUUGCUGAUUCUGCAGGCAGGGGAGAUAUAUUAUGUUAAAUAUUGUCCUCCCCACCCCUUUGUACAUAUGUAAUUAUGUUAUUAUAAGUUCCUGUAUGUUGUCUGAUAUGUGUUGGUUGUUUGUAACGUUGUCACAUUAAUCUAAAUGUAGUGAGCAUAUGGGCUAAUCCUGAGUAAAAAUAAAGCCGAGUGUGUUAGUUCAUUUUGGAACUGUGUGUUCUGUGUGAAUUUUUAGGGAUAUACCAGAAGGUUAAUAAUUUAUACAAGGAUUUGUGAAUCUUGCUAAAUAUUGCACAAUGCUGUGUUAGAUCACAGAUUUUUUUCCUUUUCGAGGGGGUAUCUUAUCUCCCAGGGAGAUUUUCAAUUUUACCAUGAAGCUGGAUGGUGGUUGCCUUCUCUGUGUGAGGAUCAUGGUGUAUAGGAAAGACAUCCUGUGUUCAAGGGGAAGCUCCUCUGUACAUACAUCUAGGGCGGUGAGCUCCUUAUAAGGAGAGGUCUCUGAGGGAUGGAGUAGAAAAAUUCCACUAACUGUUUAUAGUGGAAUUGUUGCAUAAAGUUCAGGGCAUUCAUUCUUCUCAAUGCCUCUAGGAAUUUAACCUUGCCUGCGUUUAGCAGAUGACUCAUUUGGAGAAAGCUGCUCCUAACAGUUUCCAAAAAGCAGUUGUCUCCAAACCUGCUAAGAAGGCCAGGUUGUGAGUCAGGGGGAAGAGGGGAGAGGGGAAAGAGGCAAGAACCAGCUUAGGCAUCUGUGUGUGCCAAAUGGAGAGGGUGAGGAGCCAUUAAAACCACAAAACAAAAACAACAAAAAAAUGUUUUCAAUUGUUAAAUGUGUUUUUUUUUUUCUUUCUUUUUAGUGAUUUUGCUAUCAAGCUUGCUGAAGCUUUGGAUAAUAACCCUGGUUCUGUUCUUCAUACAAUUAAUCUUUCUGGCAAUCAGAUUGAAGACAGAGGUACUUGCAUUUAUAUAUAUAUCUAUACUUAUAUAACACUUUUUAUUUAGCAUUAUUGCUAAUAUUUCCUACAAUGGUAGUCAACUAACAUUACUGCAUCUCAAAUAGAAAAUGAUUCCAUAUAUACCGUAACUAUCUUCAAUUAUCAAAAGUUACAUAAACUAUAUAUGAUAGAAUUCCAGAUAUACAUCACCCCAUGAAUCAGAAUAACCCAGAUGUGUUUAGUAGUGAUUAGGGUAAAGGGAUGGGUUAAUUUUAUAUAUAGAUUAAUGUCAGAGUGGCCAGAGUAAAGAGGGGAAGGUAAUGUUAGAGAAGGAUUAAUGCCAGAGUUAGAUUACACAGGGCAGGCCCGGACUGGCCAACGAGCAACGGGCCAUGGGCCGAGGCCAGUAGGAUCUCCUAGAUCUCCCCUGCCGGCCCACGCAGGGCAGCACCGGCCCUAAAAGGGACCACUGACCCUUCAUGGACCAAAGGAGAGAUUCGCAGGCCGUAGUGGAACAAAUGAGUCGGAUGCACUCUGUGCAUUCCAGGCAGCCUCCUUGUCUCCAUCUCAUGAGAUCAGAUAUUAUUAGAGCAUUGCCAUGGUAACCCGCGGCAAUGCUCUGAAAUACUGGAGCUUGCGAGAGAGAUGCAUGGACUGUAACCUGCGGAGGUACAAACCAAAUGCCUAGCUCACUGGACCACCAGGGACCAUCAGCCUGCUCCUCUGUACCCCGGCAAAGUAAUAAGAAGGAAGGGGAAGUGCCCAGGCUGAAUUUUCAUCAUUUUAUUGUAUAAAUUGGCUCUCAGCAGCACCCUAUUUAUGCAUAUUCUGGUGAGUGCAGCCAGCCCCCUGUUUUCUCAUAUAUAUAUUUGGGAGUCUAGCAAACUCAUUGGCUUUGCACCCCUCCCUGUCACAGGUGCCUCACCCCAGGGCCCUAUUUAGCCUUGUACUGAUGACCAGUCUAGAUGGAAUUUUUCCCCAGAUGCUAGGCUGGUAGUGUAGGACCUGCCAAAGAUGGGGUACAUUGACGUUGUGGCAUGCUUAUGCAAUGUGUGAUCAUAUAAUGUAACUAAAUACCCAUUGUUUUUUUGCCAGGAUUAUGUGUUUUUAAAAAACCUAAAAAAAAAAACUAACUAAAUCUGUCAGCACUGAAGUUGCUGUUUAGGGGAUAAUGGAGUGUGCUGGAUUUUCUUUUUUUAUUGUAUAAAUACAUACAUAAUGACAUACAUACACACACAUCUCAUUUUUCAGCCACCCUCCUGUUUCUAGCCUUUUCAUUGCAGGAGGGUGGUGGGGCUGAUGGGAGUCGGCUAUUGUGUUUUACACCCCACCUCCUACAGACUGUAAGCUCUUUUGAGGAGGGUCCUCUUCAACCUAUUGUUCCUGUAAGUUCUCUUGUAAUUGUCCUAUUUAUAGCUAAAUCCUCCCCUCUUAUAAUAUUGUAAAGCGCUACGGAAUCUGUUGGCGCUAUAUAAAUGGCAAUAAUAAUAAUAAUAAUAAUAACUAUUCCCUGCAUGUUUUUAUUAUAAAUUCCAGGUUGCCAGAUACUUGCCUUUUUAUUUUUGAGAUUUUUACCUACUAACAUGAUUUUAAGUUGCUCAGUGAUUCUCAUUUGAUCAGGACUAAUAAUCCAGUCCCUCUAUUCCAGUUAAUGUAUUUUAAGGUUUCUGUCCGUCCUGAAAUUGAAAGACCAGGCACCCUGAUUACCAUCAAUAGGUGAUUUUAUUGGAAGAGAUAUUUUCGCUCUUACAAACUAUUUUGAGAAAGAGUUGCUGUGUCUCUUACAGCUCAUAAAUUUUACUGUUCAUGGUAACUGCUGUGCCUUGUCUUUCCUUACAUAUUUUUUAUUGUGGAGGCGUAUACCUCCCUUUUUCUGAUUCUAGGUCAUUGUCAUUUCAUCACGGUCACAUAGAAGCUUGGUAGCUGUUAGGUUUUCCAAAUACACAUUAUUAAAUUAAAGUCAGCAUGUGCUACAUUUUCAAAAAACAUAUCUGUAACUAACAUCUAAUGUAAUGACAUUUUUUUUUUUAUUUUUUAGGCAUAACAGCAUUUAGUCGUCAUUUUGAGAAACAUCGUAAAGUUUUAAAGUGCCUUAACCUCUCUAAAACAUCAAUAACCUAUAAAGGUAAAAAUUCUGAUGAUGUGCCAAUUUGUCCAGAUCCCUUACAAUUCAAGUUUCGCAUUUUCUUAAAAGAACUCAAAAAUAUUUACCCGUGUGAAUACUCUUACCUGAAGUUAACCCUGAUGUUUUCAAUUAAAAAACUGUUAGCUAUAAAAUGUUUUUCUCAUCUUUUCAUCCAUUUAGAAACAUACCACUCUAUCUCCAUUCUCUCCCUUUCUCCGUAAGAAUGGCUGUUCUAUAGCUUUACUUUAUUGUGCCUGCCAUUUCUAUCCAUAUAUCUACUUUUGUCUAUGAAUUACUGUUUAUUAUUAUUGCUUCUAUAUGUUUAAAUAUUUCUCUUAAAUUGCACAUUUUAUAAUAUUUGCUGCUUAUUGAUGAAAAUUUGAUUUGUAAAAGUCUCAAAGGGGUUAAGAGAACAAAUAAAUAAUAGUGCAAUAAGUGAUAAACAAAUUUGUGAUUAAUAUAUAUACAGAAAACACUCACACUUUGGAGAGCUACUUAGAGCUCUGCUGUGUUGUGCAUGGAUGGUAUGACCACCUUUCAGGAUAUUUUGUAAUCCUAUGUGGGAUUCAGUAGUACCGUUCAAUAAUAACCCAACAAGCGGAAAUAGAAAAUCAGAGAAUCCAAUAUUGUAGAGUGUACAUAUAAAUAUAUCUUAACAAUAAGGUAUCCUACUUACAAUUUAGAGAGCAAGGACCUGAUCAAGUAAUAAAAAGCCUUGGUGG